UUCUUGGUUCUUGAAAAUACGGCAGAAUAUUGUAAUUUUAGUGAAGUGGUGAAUGUUGUAAUUUAAUUACUGCGAAAUCGAGUAUAAAAUGGAUAGAAAACGGAAAUCAAUUGUGGAGCUUGCCAACGACAACGUACAAGAUGGAAAAGCAGGCAAAUUCAAACUCUAUAACGACGACCUUCCGCCGCCGUACAAAUCCGUCGUAGUGGACACCCAGCUCCCUUCAAGCGGGCGUUCCAGCGUAGCCAGUAAAGGUAUCGACAAUCCCGCCUAUUCGCAAGACAAAAAAGAUUCGAUCUCAGAGAAGUCAAUGAAAUCAAAUCUUGAGAAAAUGGACCCGACGCAAACGAAGGCGAUGAAGUUCGGGAUCAUGAAAAACAUCAUCGUUAUUUCCAUCGCAUUCACGUUCCUCUUCACAGCCUAUAAUGCCAUGGCUAAUCUCCAGUCUUCUAUAAACGAAGAGCUCGGCACGACCUCCCUCGCGGUGCUGUACGGAGCCCUGGUGCUGUCGUGCAUGUUUGUGCCGCCGCUGCUCAUCAGUAAACUCAAAGUUAAGCUCACCAUCGCCGUGUGUAUGUUGGGAUACUCAGCAUACAUGGUGGCUCAGUUCUACCCGGAAUAUUACACCAUGAUUCCUGGGGCCAUCUUGCUUGGGCUGGGGGCCGCCCCCAUGUGGUCCGCCAAGUGCACCUACCUGACCGAGGUGGGUCGCAUCUACGCCGGAAUUACGAACCAAGACACAGAGGUGAUCGUGACAAGAAUGUUCGGGAUAUUUUUCCUGUUUUUCCAGUCCUCGCAAGUGUGGGGUAAUCUCAUCUCCUCUGCUGUGCUCUCGGUGGACUCGGAACUGGUUGAUCCCGAGGACGCGACGAUGUGUGGAAUCCAUUACUGCGCCAUGGACAACCACACGUCAAAUUCAACCGUCAACGAAGUCACGGACGCUAAACGCUAUACGUUAUCAGGGAUUUACCUCGCAUGCGCUCUCUUAUCUUCAGUUAUCGUGGUGCUUUUCGUUGACCCAUUGUCGAGGUUUGGAGAUUAUGAGAGCAAGAAGGAGGCCGCCACCAUGAAGGAUGGGGUGAGGCUGCUCGGUGCAACCUUCCGCCACCUCAUGCACCCCUACCAGCUCCUCAUCAUCCCGCUCACCGUCUGGUCCGGGGUGGAACAGGCCUUCAUCCAGGGAGACUUCACCAGCGCGUUCAUAUCUUGCGGACUCGGCGUCCACAUGGUUGGGUACGUGAUGAUUUGCUACGGCAUUUGCGACGCAGUUUGUUCAGUCUGCUUCAGUCCCAUCGUGAAAAUCGUAGGCAGGAUUCCAGUUUUCAUUCUGGGAGCUGUGGCGAACGCGGCCAUCAUCAUAUUGUUCUUCUUGUGGGAGCCCAACUCUGACGACAUGCCUGUGUUCUUCAUCGCCGCCGCCGUGUGGGGUAUCGCUGAUGCCGUCUGGCAAACCCAGAUCAAUGCGUUCUACGGCAUAAUCUUUCCCGGUGAGGCUGAGGCGGCAUUCAGCAACUACCGUAUGUGGGAGUCCAUUGGGUUCAUCAUAACGUUCGUGACCAAUUCAACAAUCUGUAUCGACACGAAGCUCUACAUCGUCAUAGGUUUCUUAUCUGCCGGAAUGACCGGAUAUUUCAUCAUCGAAUUCUUGGAAAAGUUCAAAAUUCUGCCACGAGAUCCGGAAGGUAACAUUCUCCCUGUAACAGAGUGUUGCCGCUGAUGGGAUAUGGACCUACGAACCACCAGAUUUUCAUAACCCACUCGCACCGUUGUAAGCUCAACAAAGUAGGUUUGGAAGCACAAUUUCAGCAUUAUGAUUGGCAAGAUCAGUGAAGGAAUUUACAGCCGACUGGUGAUAUUGAAAAAUUGUGUAUUUUUAUCUUUUUAAUGAGUCAUUCAAAAUAUUCUAGUAAGAUAAUAAGUAAAGAUAUUCCGUGCCAUUCUUGCUGGUCACCCACAAGAAACUCGAUAAACGGUAGGUUUACUAUUAACGAUUAGAAUAUUUGGAAUGAUCAUCUACAUUAUAUUUGUGUAGAAAUCUGUUUCAUAGAUAUAAGAGGUAUAUUGAGAGUAAAUUGUUAAGCAUUGGUUACUUGUGAUGUUGCUGGUUGUAUAUGUAUGUAUGCCCUACACGCAUUUCGACACCAAAGAUGAAGCUUGACCAGCUUUGAUGUAGAAAGUCAAAAAUGCCUACAGUACAUAUUGAAUAAAUAUAUUCCGAAAAAAGGACUAGUAUUUUAAAUUAUUAAAGCCGUUUUUCUUGAUUUGUUAACCUUAUUCUUUAAGUGAUUUAUCACAGUGGCACUAGGCUCUGAUCGGCUCAGAUUUGCCACUGCUGGUAAUUUUGAUCGGCUCUGCUGGUUCUUGUAAGCGAUAUAUAUUUUUUGCUACGGUAAAAGUAAUUAGUAAUAGUAUGGUAAUUUGCUACUAGAGUAAUAAAUUGUGAGUAGAAUAAUGUAUUAAGCAAGUUUGAUGUAGACGUUUUUCAUCGAAAUUUUAAAAGCACACAAACGUUUGAUCACAUGAACAGGGAUGCGUAGCAUGUAAUCUAAGUAACAAGCAAAAAUAAAAUUAAAUACUAAAAUGAAACAAUACCAAAGUCUUGCAUUUCGAAUGUUUACGAUGUUUACAAAUGAAAGCUAAUACUACAGAUUAAUACUUAUAGCCUUAUAUUUAACAAACUAUAAUAAUUUUAAUUGCACCUAAUUGUACCUCAGCGCCAAAGGCUUAAAAGGCCGAAAAACCUCAGUAAUUAAACUCUUCUGAUUUUUAUUUGAUUUCUGCUCUUGUGUAAAAUAGUCGAAAAACUAUUUCAUAUGUAAUGACUUGACAGUUUUUUGCACUUGAAUUAAAUUUUGUAAAAAAACAUGCAAAGUUCAA